UUUUUAGUAGAGACGGGGUUUCACCGUGUUAGCCAGGAUGGUCUCGAUGUCCUGACCUCUUGAUCCACCCGCCUCGGCCUCCCAAAGUGCUGGGAUUACAGGCAUGAGCCACCGCACCCGGCUGAUAAUUGCUUUUUUUUUGAUGCCAGUUGGUGAAAAUGUAUCCUGUGACAUAAGCCAUCAACAUGAAUCUCCUUAAGAUACUGUGUGCUGAACAUUACAUUGACAGCUCUUAAAACCCUUCCAGAAGAGAAUCAUUUGACCACGUGAUAUUGCAUGUCUGUUAUAUAAAGCCUGUGGUAUGAUUUCCACGGAGAAUGUAUUUGUCAUUAAUCACCUGAACACAACAUCAAGUGAAACAAACUGCCUACUUCUCAAAGUGCAGCUACUUUUGAAAACCUGCAGCAGAGGACGUGGUGCCAGCAGCCAUAAUUUAUUGGGUGAAUGGAGUGGUAGCACAUAGUCAGUUAGGAACAGGCAGGCUUUGGACAUACAGAUUUGAAGAAGAAAGAUAAUAUUUUGUUUUCUGAAUUAUUAACAGAAAUGGCUAGGACUUAGAGACAGGGUCUUGCUUUGUUGCCCUGGCUGGAGUACUGUGGCGUGAUCAUGGCUCAUUGCAGCCUCAACUUCCUGGGCUCAAGUGAUCCUCCCACCUCAGCCUCCCUCGUAGCUGGGACCACAGGUGUGCAUGCACUAUCACACCUGGCUUAUUUUUUCCAGAGAGAGGUUUCACUAUGUUGCCCAAGCUGGUCUCAAACUCCUGGCCUCAAGCAGUCCUCCCCCCUUGGCCUCCCAAAGUGCUGGGAUUACAGGCAUGCGCCACCUUGCCCAGCCUGUUUUCUCUUUCUACCUUUUUUUUUUCACUGCCUUUUUACCCAGCGAAUGAUGAACUGAGAAAAGGAUUAGAAAUCAUAAGGUUUGUUUCUUGCCCCAGCUCUGCCAAAUACUAGCCCUGUGUUUUGGAAGGAUUCAUUUAACUUCUCUGAACCUCAGUUUCAACUACAAAAAGGGAAGAAUAGCUUCUCUGUCUCACAAGAAUAAUGAUGUGAAAGUGUUUUAUGAAAAUGUCGCAUUUUUACAAAUGCCAGGUUUUCACAUUCAUCUCUGAAGAGUGUGGGUUUUUUCCCUCUCCUUAAGUCUGAUCACCGUUUCCUCUUAGUUUCAGUUUUGACUUUUAUUUGCCCUGCAGCCCGGUGAGGGCACAGACUGGUUCAUGUGCUGUGAUUCUCCCUGAGUCAUCCUUGCUCCCUCCCUCCUCGUUCUCUUUCAUUUCCUGGGCUUGUGUUGCUACGUUGGAAGUAAGUCUGUCUCCUGGAAAGGGCAGAGCAAGUCCACUGUGGGCACUGUGUUUAGCCUUGAGUCAGAGGAGGAGGAAUACCCUGGAAUCACUGCAGAAGAUAGCAAUGACAUUUACAUCCUGCCCAGCGACAACUCUGGACAAGUCAGUCCCCCAGAGUCUCCAACUGUGACCACUUCCUGGCAGUCCGAGAGCUUACCUGUGUCGCUGUCAGCUAGCCAGAGUUGGCACACAGAAAGCCUGCCAGUGUCACUAGGCCCUGAGUCCUGGCAGCAGAUUGCAAUGGAUCCUGAAGAAGUAAAAAGCUUAGACAGCAACGGAGCUGGAGAGAAGAGUGAGAACAACUCCUCUAAUUCUGACAUUGUGCACGUGGAGAAAGAAGAGGUGCCCGAGGGCAUGGAAGAGGCUGCUGUGGCUUCUGUGGUCUUGCCAGCGCAGGAGCUGCAAGAGGCACUUCCUGAAGCCCCAGCUCCCUUGCUUCCACAUAUCACUGCCACCUCCCUGCUGGGGACAAGGGAACCUGACACAGAAGUGAUCACAGUUGAGAAAUCCAGCCCUGCUACAUCUCUGUUUGUAGAACUUGAUGAAGAAGAGGUGAAAGCAGCAACAACUGAACCUACUGAAGUGGAGGAGGUGGUCCCCGCACCGGAACCCACAGAAACGCUGCUGAGUGAGGAGACAAAUGCAAGGGAAGAGAGCCUUGUGGAAGAGCUGUCCCCUGCCGGCGAGAAGAAGCCCGUGCCGCUGUCUGAGGGCAAGUCUAGACUGUCCCCUGCCGGCGAGAUGAAGCCCAUGCCGCUGCCUGAGGGCAAGUCUAUACUGCUGUUUGGAGGGGCUGCUGCUGUUGCCAUCCUGGCAAUGGCCAUCGGGGUAGCCCUGGCUCUGAGAAAGAAAUAGGAGGCUUUUCAGAAGAGAAAGACAGAAGGAUGUAAGGUUGGAGUUGUAUUGGCUGGAAUUUGAACCUCCAGCAGCUGUCUGGACAUUUGUGGAACACUCUGGGAUAAUUGGGGACUUCCGCUCAACAUGGCAGUGGCAUGUUAGGCGUGUUAGGGCUUGAGGUGAGACAUUCACAUUCAUCUGACUGUAAAUCCCAAGGGCCUCGGCUCAUGCUAAAUUGAGAAUCUUAGGGGUAAAGCACCCCCUCCAGGACCGGGUUUCUCAGCCUUGGCACUAGUGAUGUUCUGACCAUUCUCUGUGGUGGGGCUGUCCUGUGUGUGGUGGGCUGUUCAGCAGCACCCCUGGUCUCCACCCACUAGAUGCCAGUGGCACCCCCUUCCCAGAGAUGACAACCGAAAAUGUCUCUAGACAUUGCCAAAUGUCCCCCGUGAACAUCCCCUAUUGAGACCUGCUGCUUUAGUGGGAGAGGGUUUACUUAGGAAGAAUUGGGAUAGAAAUUCCCAGCUGAGAGAGCUUAGCUGUGGGCUCCUCAGCUACUGACUUGUUAGCUCUUAAUCCCCUUAGAAUUUCAUCUUUCCUGAUGAGCAGGCUGGGCUCUGCACCCACUCUUUUUUUGCCCCCUGCCCCUCAUCCUGGAGUGUGAGGGUGCUCGCCCGUACUUUCAGCUGCCUCUCAGGGACUGCACUGUUCCUCUUCACCCCCAGGUUCCUGCUAAGAUCCCACAGGCGAGGGCUUGCUCUGGACUCAGACCUGUCAAGUCCCCGAAGCUUCCUGCAGCUCCACCUUGUAAAAAUGCUGCCUAUGGGAAUCUUUGAAAUAUGUACACAGAGAAAAUAACAUGAAAGAGACCUGGGGUCCCCACUUGUGAGUGCAAUUGCAAGUAACUGGCUAGAGAGACACGUGUGUCUUGUGUCGAGGCAGGAGGAUAACCCAGAUGACCUUCUGAAGUCUCUUCAGCCCAUUUCGCUAGUGGUCACCCACCACUAUGGAUACUUGCCAGCAACAUCUCUAUUGCUGGAUGGUCCCUGUCUAUAACCCUGGGCUAGUAUGUUUUUUUCCAAUAUGGGACCUCAGUCUUACUACUGACCAGUUCUAUGGGUCUCUUGCUAGGGGGUAAGGAUUUUUAUUCUUGGGCUUAUAGAGCCAGUUAGAUCAUAACUCUUAUGAAAUAGAGAGUGUCCUAAAUAUCACUGAAAUAAAAAGUAGGAAAAAGAAGCUUGAAUUUUAAGACUGAGGCUGCUCUGCAGAUUCUAGUUUGGCUUUCACAGUUCAAGAGUGGUGGCAUCUUCACCUGAAUUCUUCAAUGCCAGGGUAAUAAACCAAAAUAGUCCUAAUCAGUAUAUGCUAGUUGAGCAUCGGCAUAAUUUUCUUUCCUCUGGCUGAUCCCAGCCCUAAAGGAAGGGUAGACCUGUGUCUUUCCAUGCCCGAGGGUCACGACGUCACUAUGCAGGGCACACGUGGCUUGGUUUAAAAAGGUCAUCUUAGAUUUAUCUUAGUAAAUGUAAUAAAUUAUUUUUUAGAUCCUGAAAUUUAUAAUAAAAAUACGUUACCUACCCUGAUCACCAAAACCUGAUGUUUUAAAUGUGCUUUCUUUUUGAAAUUUAUGUUUUCAAAUAAAAUCUCCCUAAAGCAAUAUUUAAAAAUUGGUCAAAA